AUGCCGGUCCAGGCGUUACCGCAGCCCGGUCCGCCAAGUCCGCGCUCCACGCACGACUUGCCACCGCGGUUGCGGAAUCGCCCGUCAGCUUUGGUGCUGGUGCCGCAAGAAUCUCUGUAUCCAUCUGUCGAGAUUGAAAGGACACCGCAGACGACAUCGCAGAGCAGCGGGUAUUCCCUGUCUCGCGAUGAAGCGCAUUCUCCCACUGCUCGCAUGGCGCAGAGGUCGAGUGAUCACCACUCGGCUGCUCGACCUACUUCAUUCACGCCCACCUCACCCGUACAUGAUCAGGUCCAUCAGAAUUUUGCGCGAAGUAGAGCAGAGACAGAAGCUUUGGUCUCGAUGGGCAAGCCCUGGCAUAUAGCGACUAGAGGGGUGGUGCGGACCACUCCUGGUGCAGCGUCCCCCGGCGCUGGUGACGAGGGCUUAUCGAAGGCCGGCACGGGCAGCAAGUCGCAAAGCGAAGGUCCGGAAGGCGUCCGAUUAGCUGAAUCUGUCGGUCGCGGCCCGUCAAGAGGUGCGCCUCAAAUCGCUCGUGGUGCCGGUACGGCGUACCUAACUCCGUGGGAUUAUCAAGAGCCCACAAAAGGCCUUCUGGAGAUGCUUGCAAGCGAUCCUGCAUCCGUGGGCCGCUCAGAAGGCGCUUUUCGGGAAGAAAACACUCCAUCAAAAGGUGGCUUUUGGAAGCUGGGUCCCAGCUCGUGGGGUCGCAAUAGCCGGCCAAAAUCAGCACGGAAAUCGAAGCGAAGCGGAUCCGGAUCAGAAAGCCGUCCCUCGAGCUCAACUUCGACGUCUAGUGCUUUCUCUGCGUCAAUUUUCAGCCUUUCUGGCGCUUCCAAGUCUCGUCCAUCAUCUACGCAAGAUGCGCAGACUUUCAUGUUCCCCGAGCCAAGCUUGUCUCUAAAAGAGAAUCUGCCACCAGCGCGAUCACAGUCUAGCUGUGCCGUAUACGGCAUCGCAAAGUCUCAAGAGUGGCUGCCAUCGGGCGAAAAAGCGCUGGAAACGAUAGCAAGACCUGCUCAGUCGCAUCAGCGCAUGUCAUCGUCGACGAUCGAGACUCUGGCCCGAGGCAGAGGUUCGUUCUCGCAGUCAGAGGCACACAUGGCCACCGCACCAUCUUCUCCCCUCCCGAGGUCGCCAUCAUUGGCAAAGCAGGAAGGAACCAUGCCAUCGGCAGAACGUGGACCUGCCUCCGUUCUGGCUCUACUUGGCCCCGUUGUACCAACCGCAACGAGCUUUGGCACCAAGCCAUUUGCGGCACCUCGGUCUAGUUCCGAUAGUCAAGCGCGGACGAGCAGCACACACAAUACAAGCAUAUCGCCUGGCACCUCGACUACAUCGUUAGGCUUGCGAUCGACUAGCAGUGCGACUUCUCUUCCAACCUACAGCACAGCACCGAGCCCCCAGAGCGUCUUGGGUGCGGGCAUUCAUGGCAUGUCCCCCAUCAUUUCCAGCGUGACUGGCAAGGUGGCGCUGCAUUCCUCGACGGAGGGAGCUUCUACUGUGCAGAGCAGCCGCAGUUUGUCAACGCCGACUCACUGGCGCGGCAAAAAUUCUGAACCGGCAAGCGGUCGUCCAGAGUCGGAUGAGGAGAAGGAAGAAAUGGAUCCCGAACCAGAGGUGCUUCAUAGCGAGUCGUCCGACGACGAGCAUCCGAUGGACUUUCUCGCUCAUGGAAGUAGGAUGCCAAGUUCGGGCGUUCGAGCAAAACCCCGAAGCAGGCCAGGCAGUAGUAGCUCUACGACUUCAGGGCACUCGCAUCGGCUAGACUCUGCCGGCGUUCCAGCCUGGGCGCUCCGCAGACCCUCUUCUCGGCCCACUAGUCGUGAAUCGCGUCCCCCCACGGCAAGCGAUGCCGCAGUCGCAGUCGCAGCGGCAGCAGCCGCAGCCAUGCCGUACUCUGCCCACAUGCUGCCAGGCAGGCGUGAUGAAGCUGUGAAGUCAACGCUUUCAAGCGCUUCUCUGCGGUCCCUCGGAGACGGCAAUGUCUCUGAAACGUCUUUGCUCAGUCAAAGAGAUCUAGCUGCCAGCAACUCCAUCCCACCGGGACGAGCGAGCCCACCGCUCUCUGCGCACGCAGCUCAUUCUCAGCCUCCGUCGCCUGCUGUGUCGGAAAAUAGCGUGUUCAGCAUGCAAAGCUCACGCAGUGGUGUGCCAAGCGCUCACUCGCAUCUGACGCAAGCUACACAAGCCCGGCCAGGCACAGCACCGACGGGAGUGAUGACGCCCACAUUUGGACAGUGGACGAGAACGGUCGACCCCAAGGCCAAUACCAGUACCACUGGCCCAGCCCUGGCUUCUUUGCAAGCCCCCCAUGCACCACCCGCUGUGCUUUCUCGCAGAGUCAGCAGUCCCCCCGUUAGCCCAUCCGCAGCUUUCAAUUUGGCAUCUUCAGCGAGACAACCUCAAGCUCACUCGCCAUUUGGCGCCACGACUGCUUUCUCGAUCAAACGCUCGCCAUCUGUGGCCUCGCAGACAUCCCAAAGUGUUCGCUCUACUGCAUCUCCCAAAGAGCAUGCUUCGCCGAAAACUCAACACGCGCAGCUACCCGCCACACAUCAUCACGAUUCCUACUUUGGGGGCAUGAAAGAGUUUGCGGCGCAAGAAAGCGCCCCUUUCUCUGACCUCGACUCGCCAAGGUCUCGCACCGUGUCGGUCCCGGCAGAGCGCAGUGCUCAGCCCUCAGCAACACACGCUGCCGAAGGUCGCUUGGUACCGCUUUCGAAGGCGCAGCUCAUCGCUUUGCAACACUCUCGCAAGCACGGCCUCCCAAGCUCGUCUCAGCAAAGUCCUCGUGGCUCGAUUUCCUCUGGCAACACCGACACGGGUCUGGUUCGGAAUGCCCUGGAUGGCACACCAAGCUUGAGCACAACGGUUGCCAAGAGCUCAUUCUUCAGCCGCGUCAAGGCGGCUGCAGCCAAUAACGACACUGCCAUCAACACCUCAAGUUCACGACGACCCUCUCGGGGCGUUGCGCUGCCAGGCAGCAUUCACAGAAGCGAGUCACCUGCUGCGUCGCUCUCGAGUUACACUUCUUCACAAAGGUCAAGCCCUGGCGAGCUGCGAGGCGGGUCGCCAUUUGCUCCUCACAUGUCAGGUCGAGCGUCUCGAGGUCAACCAUCGAGUUCGCGAAUGAAUGCAAGUGCGCACAUGGACUUUAGGGCUGCGGAGGCAAUGGUCUACGACCCAGGCUACGCCAAUAGACCCAACCAUGGUGGAGCACCACAGAGUCACGAUGAUGACGCCGAUCGAACUCCUAGAAAGCGCGGAUCGGGGACAUCGUGCAGGACCUCUGAAUGCGGUAGCUUGAUUUCGAUGGCUGAGCUCACCAAGACACCAACAAUGCCGCCGCUGGCGAACGCGGCCUCUCUUCCUCCGCCGAACUUCUCUCUGCCCAGCAGCUUCGUCAACAAUCACCGUCGAGGCGACGAUCAGCGUGAUUUGGCAGACGACGGAGCUGGAGGAGUGGUUUCGCGGACUGUGAAAGAUCCAAAAUCUUCGCACGUUGAAGAUACGUCUGCGAACGACUCGAGCGGUAGAAAGCCUCGUCCACUAUCCUUUAGAGUGCUGUCCAGCCUUUCCAAGAAGAAGUCGCAACAUUGGGACAACCUACCAGCUCCCCCGCCAGUCCCUGCAUCUCACGUCGAGCCUCAGGCACAAUCUGGUAUGCGCGCGAACGUCUCUGUUGCUAGACCUCGACCCCUGACCGCAGGUGAGGGCAGCGGCAAGAAGCGGCUUCCUAAUUGGCUGCAUUCAUAG